UUACUUUUUGUUCGGGGGCUAACAGGAGUCCCCAGGUUGGUUCCGUUUUUUGACAGUUAAAUAACAACCGGAAAAAAUAACCGUUAUAUGCGUAUCUCCCAUUAUUUGCGGAUUAAGCUCUGCGCUGAUCGCUGGGGGGAAAAUCGUAUAACAUCUGUACGGAAAACCGUAUAACAGCUGCACCCUGGGAAAAUUAGCCGUUGUUAGCGUCCAUUGUAGCUCUGUUUUGGGUUUCAAGAAAACUUAAUACGCUGGGAGGAACAAAAGAAAUCUUGAGCGUAUUAUAAACGCGUGGUUUUGAGGGUUUAAAAUCUGGAAGCCGACUGAGAUUGGGAGAAAAGCGCUCGAAUCAUAACGGUCUUCUUCUACUUCUUGUUCUCCUCCUUAUUCUUCUCCUUCUAUUUACAGAGACACUUCUCUGUUCGGGAUUGGAGCAAUCUUGGAGCGCAGAUUAACAGAAAGACUGAUAUGGGAGAGAAGGAGAAGUUUCCCCGAGGGUAUAGGUUUCUUCCCACCAUGGAGGAACUCAUCGAGUACCUCAAAGAAAAGGACUCCGGCAAACCCCUUCCCACCAACAUCAUCAAGGAAGUCGAGCUCUACAACCACCAGCCAGCAGUCCUCCAUAAGCGUUUUCCAAAUACGAGGAUAAAGAGUAGAUACUUCUUCACCAAGUUGGAUAAGAGGUCCAAGAACAAAAAGCAUAGAGAUCGCAGGGUCAAGAAUGGAGGCCACUGGAUUUGCAGCGCCGGAGACAAGCCAGUUCUUACGGAUGGUGGACAAUACACUGGUGGGGUAUAUAAAACCUUGACCUACUAUGAGGGCAACGGCAGGUCUAAGAAGACUGGUUGGAUCAUGAAAGAGUAUCGUCUUUCCGAGGAAUCCAAGCAGCAUCAGCCAACUGCAAACCAAGGAAGUGAUUGGGUGCUGUGCGAGAUCCAUCAUAAAGGGAAUACAGCUGAGGAUGAUGAGGCCAGUGAUGAUUCCAGUGAAGAAGACAAUGAAGCAGAACAGGAGGAGCCUGGCAAUGCUGCUGGUCUGCUACCAGACUUCACACACCUCCAACAUGACACGGUCACGGAUAUCCCUGGUUUUUCCCGAGUUGCAGCCCUUUUGUCCAGCGGUGGCACUGGAGUGGAUCGAUCUCUCCUACCAUUUGGUGAUUCACAUAUUGUCCCUGGCACUGGCAUUGAAGACAGUCCUCCAGAGCAACCACCUGCUCCUUUUUCUUGUGACUGGAUCACAAAGAACCCUGAAGAGCUUGAAAGUUUUUGUAAUUUGAUUCAACAAGAUUUCCCCAACUUGGAGGAGGAUACAGCUUGGCUUCCCCUGCCAAUUCAAGCUGCUCCACCCAGUAAUGCUCAACUUGGUGAGCAAGGUGUAAACUGGUUCUGCUAAGAGGAGUGAUGAAACUAGUGGGAAGUAAACAGUUAGCAGGUUAUCUAAGAUAGGGUCCAAGGAUUAAAUUUUUGGCAUUAUGUAAGUUUAUUUUGUACACAACAAAGGAAAGUGUAGGAAUGAAACUCAGCCUGGGAUACACUAAUGUUGUAAUAUACCCAGUAUGGUAAAUUAAAUUGAAUGUAUUGCAAUUUAUCAGCAAGUUAGCUGUUUGUCUUUCUAUCCUGUUCCUUGCUACUCAACUAGUCUGUAUUGUGAUUUGUAGAACUAUAGUU